GUAACUUGAUUGGACUGAGAGAUAGACGGUGUACUACUUUCUCUUCUGUAAAGAUCAAGAACAGGAUCGGCGUCAUGAGACACGUGGUGAAGAAUGGCCUUCUUUGGGACGACCUGUAUAUCGGCUUCCAGAACCGUCUGAGCAGAGAGCCAGACGUCUAUCACCACCGGUUCUGGAACCACUUCCAGACAGAGUUGCCAGUCACUGGGCCGGACUGGGACUUGUUCCUGCAGCAGGUGCCAUCAUACCAGAGGUCUGCUGAACCCCAGGGAAUCCAAACAGAAAGUGGCUCUGCUUCUAUAUUGUCUUAGAAAAAGCAGACUGUACUGUCUCGAGAACCAAGCUUUAUGCCUGUAUCCAAUAAUGAAUAAGAAGAGCUGCUCUCCCUGUCACUGUAGGCACCACCAACCUCCCUGUGCAACUGAAACAGGGAAAAAGGGACGUGGCUGACAAGAUUUAAUUUCUAAAUUGGUUCAAAUAAUAGCUUCAUUUAGGGUUCAUUUUCUAUUAUUUAUUUUUUUCAUGUAAUGGUGAAAUCAAUUAACAUAGCAUCUAUUGUUGCUUGGCAGGUCUGUAUGUAGGGGACUAGUAACAAACAGUAGGAAAAUAUAUGCACUCACUACUAUGUCGCUCUGGUAAGAGCAUCUGCUAAAUGACUAACAUGUAGAAUAUGAAUAAACGUUUUCAUUGAU